AUACAAAUUUUAUAGGUGUAUCUAUAUUAUAUUUACUUUGUGGUUAGUACUUUUAGUUAUUUUCGUGUUAAAUAUUCGAUGAUCAGUGUAAAUAAUAAAGUAGAUGACGUUAAAUAAUGAGUUUAAAAUGGACAUUUAAUAAAAUCCAUGUUUUGGCAAAAUAGCUUAAUUAAACAACACAUAUUGGAAAAUACAUAAAAAUAAUAUAAAGUAUUGGAUAUGUGAUUUUUUGUAUUAUGCCUAGUGGACGUCGUAAUGCUAGUGGUCGGAGUGCUCCGACUAGUAAAUCACAAUUUAGUUUUGCUUCACCCACUGGAAGAAGUAAUAGCGGAGAUAGAAUACUUGGAAGUGGAGGAGAUGAAAAAAAACUAGAUGAUAAUUAUGGAAAGUUAUUAGCCCCAAAACAUGUACCUAUUCCAAUGGUACCAGUAGACGGACCAUUAACAUUUGAAGCCUUAUCAUUAGUUGUGUCAAUUGUUGCUGCAUGUUUACAAUUAUUAAAUCUGUAUAGGACUGUCUGGUGGUUAUCUCAUUCAUAUAAUUCAUAUAGUAUGAAUUUUUAUCUUAUAGAUCCUUAUCUUCUUACAUUUAUUAUUACUAUGGUAACACGAAGAUUUGUUUAUACUUUGUUACGACGAUUUGUUGAUGUUUCAUCUCCAACUCGUUGGUUCCACAUCGCUCAAAAAUUAAUGAGGAUAACUUUGUUAUCUAUAGUUCUGAGCAUAUUACUUUGGUGUUUAUAUCAUAUGGCAGAAAGGCACAAUAUAAUGAAAAUUUUUUAUUUAUGUUAUCCAAGUGUAUUUGUAUAUUUUUUAAUGUUUGGUGUCAGUAUAUCACCUUUCUUUGAUAUGUCAGCAGCACCUCGACAUGUAAAAGAAGAUAAAAGAAUGAAAUAUUUGUUGGAUACACCUUUACAUAACUGUUCAUUAAGCGCAUCAGCAAUCAGAGCUGAAGUUUCUACCUUCAGUACAGACUUUAAUCGUCGGUUGAAAAGAGCAUUAUUUGCGUCAAGUAGUACCGCUUAUGUCUGUGGUAUCGCUCCUAUCAUAUUUGUACCACAAUCUCUACAUUUCAAUGUGCCAUGGGUAGUACAAUAUGUUGUGCUGUUUUGGCUUGGAAGAAUAAGUGCUCACUUCGCACAAGCUUAUCCAGUAAGGUAUUGCGAUGUACUACAUAGAGCAGCUCUACAUUUAGGGCGUUGGAUAAAAAUUGAGAAUCAUAAUAAUCAUACAUAUGCGCAAGUAUGGAAUGAUGCGGUUCUAUGGCCCCAUGGAUCGAUUGUAAAAUAUAAUAAAGAAAUAUAUCGCUCGGAUGGUCUUUGUACUGCUGCGGAACCAGGAAAUCGAAAUCAUUGUAGGUUUCAUAUCUUAUUUAGCAAUCCUACAAUACUUCUAUGUUCUUUGUUGGGUCUUCAACUUCUACUCGUGGGGGCACAAUUAUUUAUUUUAAUACGCACAACAGAAUGGUAUCAAGUACUAUCAAUGACGUUGCUACUUGUAAUCAAUUAUUACACUUUAUUUAAAGUAACCAGAGAUUAUCUUGUUUGCUGGAAGGUGUAUCGUGCUGAACAAAUCAUACAAGAAAAAUGUCAGAUGAUUAUAUGGACAAUUUUUGUUGAUUUCGAUCGAUUAUCGAAAAUUAAGGAUUGUCUAAAGAAAUGUUUAGAAAUGUUCAAGUUCCAAUGCUAUAUUCGUACGUUAUUACUUGUCGAUAAUGCUAGUCCUCAUUAUCAUUGACAAAAAUAUCUAUCUCAUGGAAAAGACAUCAAUACGAAAACAAUAGAAGUUUAUUAAGAUAAAAUGUUUCUUUAAAUUACAUCAUUAUAUUUCAUUUCGUCGUUACAAAGAUAUUAAAGUAGUAAAUUAAGAUGGAAUGAAUGUGAAGAUAAGGAUUAAAUCGAAAUAAGAUUUUAUUUCUUAUGAAGUACCAUAAGUCGUCAUUUUAUUUAACAGUAACAAAAGCUAAUUAGAUUAUUGUUUAUAAUUAAUCUUCGUUUAUAAUUGGUUUUCCUGAAUCCAAUCAAGGAAAGAAUAGACUCUGGUGAAGACAUCUGGGGAUCCAACGGCGCAUGGAUGUCCGUAAGAUACAAUACCAAUUUGGACACCAUUGGCUACAAGUGGACCACCGGAGUCACCCUGUACAGAUAGAUUAAAUAAAUGAUUUUUAUCUUUCAUUAUUUUCGAGAAAGAAUAAUGAUGUGUAAUGGAAUCGAAAAGUCAAUUUGAAAGUUAUAUUUACAUGGCAAGCUCCUUCACCCUGUUUGGUAAAAGUACAAAUUUGGCUGUCGGUUAAUCUCCAGUGUUUGGAUUUGCAAGUUUGUUGGUUUACAACGGACAAAGUAAUUUGUUGGAGGUUGUUAGGGAUAGGUCCAUUCAGCUAUAAUGGAGAAAAAAAUUAGAUCAUUCCUUGAUGAAAUAGAAGUAAGAAAUUAUUAUCUUAUUGAUUACUUACAUAUAUUCUUCCCCAGCCGGUCAAAACAACUGGAUCUCCAGCUUUAAUAGUAUUACUGACUGGUAGUUUUACUGGUUGCACUAAUUGAGUGAAUAAAAUGUCUUCCGACACACGUAUUAGACCAAUAUCAUUGACAAGUUUAUAAGAGUUGUAUUUCUUAUGGACAAUCAAUUCCUCUGCAUUGUAAAUUGCUUCUUCUUUGUCCAAAAGUAUGCUACCUGCAUGGACAGUAACGUGCUGGUUCGAUUUUCUGUAAAAAUAAAAGUAUUAAUAUUGUAAAUUAUUGUUGACACAUAGUCAUCACUUAUAUUUCUUCUACAGAUUUAUGCUUUCAUUGUGCUAUUAGAUGAUUAAAACAAAUUGAAUAAACGUACCCAACAAGACAGUGAGCCGCAGUGAGAACGUAACGUUUGCUUAUGAUGGAACCUCCACAGAAAUGUUUGGGAGCUCUCAAUGAUACUUGGUAUGGGUAUUUACCCCGUGGUGCAUUAGUACCACCGACAAUACGGCCAGUUGGUACACCUUAGAGAAUUAUAUAGAAAAUUAUAUAUAAAUUACAUUACAAAUGAGAAUAAUUGUUGCUUGACAAGAACGUUUUUCUCUAUUUUAAAGGCAUUUUGUAAUUGUAAAAAUUGUGUAAAAUGUGAAAAAGCAAUAAUAUAUACACUUAUUUAUUGUACUUACUGUAAGCGGCGGUUGCCAGAAAAAGAAUUAACAAAGUAGUUAAACCCUGCAUGGUGAUGCGGUUAUUGAUGAUCGUCAGUGUUUUCUUCAGUAUAUAUACACGUUUUUCAAGUAGUCAUUGCGAAGAGACAUAAAUUUAAUUAAUCCAUUCUGAAAUCAGUUCAGAUUUCUUGAGAUUAAUUAUAUCGACAAGUAGCUGUGUAACAAUGGGUACAAUGACGUUGGACUUGGAAAGUACGGAAGUUAUCCCAUCCUUGAGGGAUUCCAGAGAUAAAAAGUAUUAAAUAUAUCAAUUGAUCGACAAGUACUCAUACGUCAGAUCGAUAAUUUUUAUCACGUGAAUAAAAAUUAAGACAACAAUGAUAUCAAUCAAAAGUCUUGAUUUACUUUCGCAUGAAAGAGGAUUUACGAAUGAAUUAAUUAAAUUCUAUUUUCUAAUUUAUAAUUUCUAUGUUCUAAUUUUAUUUUAUUGGAAUAAAAUAAAUUCGUAUUUAUAUCUUAA